GGAAAAAAUAGGGUUUUUUUUGUAGUGUCUCCUCCUCCGCCUCUCUCUCCUCUCUCUCUCUUGUUUCUCCCACUCCGUGGGAGAAACCCUCGCCGCCGCCGCCGCCGCCGCCGCCGCUACCUCCUCCUCCGCCGCGGCCGUUCGAUUCGCCGCAUCUCAAUGCCGCUGUUCGUUUCAAUUGCAGGUCUGCCCAUGGGGGAGCACAUGGAAUUUAUUGGCAGCUGAAGAUCUAGCUCAGAAUUCCUUAGGAACGUAUUGCACUAUCAAUAAUGUUGAGAACAAAGCAACUCAGCACUCUCACUCAGUGUGCGCGAUCCUUCUAUCUCAGUGGUCCACGGAGCGGAAGCUCAGAUGGAGCUUCAUGCACUGGCUCUGAAGAUGAAACCUGUGUUUCUAAAAGGCAGUUGUCAAAAACCACUUCUCAGCAAAAGAAAGCCAAUGUAUCAGUAGCUGAAACUCCUCCACAAGCUGCCCGUCCCCACGUAGCCAAUGCAAUCGGACCCAUUAACCAUCGAAGCUCGAGCUACCUGCCUUCAGUUGCCCCACAUAUUAUUUCCUCUUCAUCAACUUUGAAACCGGGCUUUUCCGAAAGCAGAAGCUCUUAUGUUCUAGCUGGGGAUCAAGCUUCUCAAAGCAGUAUUCUUCAUUCUUCUAAGCCAAUUACUGGACAGUAUGUCAAGCCCAACAAAUCAAACAAUUCCAAAGGUCAGCCAAACUCAUCUAAUAACAUCGUGGCGACUUCUGAUUCAAAUUCAAAUUCAAAUUCAAAUUCAAAUCCAGAUUUGCAAAGCGAGUUUGGGGAUCGAAGUUCAAGGGGUGUUUAUGUGAAAGCCAAUCAGAGUACUUCUGGGACUUUUAAAACCCAAGCAAAGAAUCAGAGGCAGUCUCUUCAUCAAAAAGCGAAAUUUCAUUCAGGUAGUGUCAUUUCAGAAGACAACUCAAUGGGCUUCUCGGACAAGAAAGUGCUUUCCAGUACUGCAGGAAAUUUUAGCUCUAUCAGUAAGUCUCGAAAUCCUACAAGAAGUGUGAACACGGUUCGCACAGUCGAGCAGUAUUACCACACACUGCAGCUGGCAAAAUGGGGUCCAGGAACAGAACAGGCUUUGAACAAUCUCCAUUCCAAGUUGGACCCGUUUCAAGCGAAUCAAGUGCUUAAAUUGCUCCGUGACCAUUCUAUUGCUCUAGGUUUCUUUAGGUGGUUAAAAGCCCAACCUGGCUUCAGGCAUGAUGAUCAUACUUAUACUACCAUGAUCGGAAUUCUUGGGCAAUCGAGGCAAUUUGGUGCUAUGAGAAAGCUUCUGGAAGAGAUGAUCAGAGAUGGGUUUCAACCAACUGUGGUAACUUACAACCGUCUAAUCCACGCAUAUGGCCGUGCUAAUUACAUUAAUGAAGCCGUUAAAGUGUUCGAGGAAAUGCAAGAAGCCGGAUACGAGCCUGAUAGAGUUACUUAUUGCACACUUAUUGAUAUCCAUGCAAAAGCCGGAUAUUUAGAUAUUGCUAUGGAUUUGUAUAGAAGAAUGCAGGAAAUGGGCCUUUCCCCAGAUACUUUUACUUAUAGUGUGAUGGUGAAUUGCCUUGGAAAAGCUGGGCAUCUUGCUGCAGCUUAUAAGCUCUUCUGCGAGAUGAUCGACCGUGGUUGUGUUCCUAAUUUGGUGACUUAUAACAUUAUGAUCGCUCUUCAAGCGAAGGCGAGGAAUUACCAAAGCGUCGUGAAGCUAUAUAGAGACAUGCAGGCUGCAGGCUUUCGGCCCGAUAAGAUAACCUAUAGCAUUGUCAUGGAGGUUCUCGGCCAGUGCGGCCAUCUUGACGAGGCGGAGUCCGUCUUUCUUGAGAUGAGGCGAGACUGGGUUCCUGACGAGCCUGCGUACGGCCUGUUAGUGGAUUUGUGGGGUAAAGCUGGGAACGUUGAGAAAGCUCGAACCUGGUAUCGGGCUAUGCUUGAUGCGGGCCUCCGGCCCAAUGUUCCAACAUGCAAUUCCUUAUUGAGCACCUUCCUCAGAGCCAACCGGUUUGCCGAUGCUUACCAUGUGCUUGAAACAAUGCUCGGUUUAGGGCUUGUUCCUUCUCUUCAAACCUAUACUCUCCUUCUUAGCUGUUGCACUGAGACCCGCGAACAAAUGGGCCUAUGUGGUCAGCUCAUGGCGAUAACAGGCCACCCAGCCCAUACGUUUCUUCUUCACUUGCCCGAUGCCGAGCCGGGCGGCUGGAAUAUAAAGAGCCAUGCCAGUUAUUUCUUUGAUUUGAUGCAUAGUGAGGAUAGGGAGAGUAAGAGGGGGCUCGUGGACUCUGUUAUCGACUUCCUCCACAAAUCAGGGCUAAAGGAAGAAGCCGGCUUUGUGUGGGAAGUGGCUGCCGAGAGGAAUGUUUACCCAGAUUCAGUGCGAGAGAAAAGCUCUUCUUAUUGGCUUAUAAACCUUCAUUUGAUGUCCGAGGGGACUGCGGUUACUGCUUUAUCGAGAACAUUAGCUUGGUUUCAGAAGCAGUUAAUGGUUUCUGGGAUGGGGUUUCAAAGGAUUGAUAUUGUAACGGGGUGGGGGAGGCGAAGUAGAGUUACGGGCACGUCGAUGGUUCGCAGAUCAGUUCAGGAACUGCUUCGCCUCUUUGGGUUUCCGUUCUUUAUGGAAAAUGGCAAUUCAGGGUGCUUUGUGGGUUGCGGCGAGUCUCUUAAUCGGUGGCUGAUGAAUUCUUUUGUCGAGCGCAUGCAUUUAUUGUAGAGAGUUGUCAUUAGGUUAAAGAUUCAGGGAGAUGCAAUUUUGGUGAUUGUAUUCGGACUGCGUCUCACAAUGGAUCUCGGUAGGUUAUUCUGUUCUAUUUUAAAUGUUUUGGCCUGUUUAUAUGUUGAAUUUUGGGUGUUUUAGCUUGCUGAUCAGUGUUGUUGUGUUUUGCAUAUAUGAUCUGCAACAGUAGGUGCAGUCUUAGAAGAUGAACAAUCACUUAAGUUUUCUGUGAGCCGAGUGCAUAACAAAACACAUCCAAUAAUGAUGUUGAUGAGUUAGCAUUGCGCAUAUA